GGGAGAAGGCCGGGGAGCCGGAAGUAAACAUCGGCGGCUGGGUUUACUGGUCUGUCGGCGCGCGGUUGCGUGGGGAGCUCCCGACUGGGGUCUAUUUAAGUCAAGCAGGCCUCAAACUCAUUAUGUAGCCCCAGACAAGCCUGAAACUCCCCAUUCUCCUGCUCCAGCCUCCUGAGGACCAGGAUUGUGUGUACCACCUACCUGACACAUUCUAUUGUUUUAAUAUAGAAGCCAGUUCACCAUGUCGUCGGCAGCUGUGGAUUCAGUUAAUGCCACGCCCCUGUCGGGGUCCAAAGAACUGAGUUUAGAGGAACCAAAGAAGAUGACUCGAGAGGACUGGAGGAAGAAGAAGGAGCUAGAGGAACAGCGGAAGCUGGGUAAUGCUCCUGCAGAAGUGGAUGAAGAAGGAAAAGAUAUCAAUCCACACAUCCCUCAGUAUAUUUCUUCAGUACCAUGGUACAUCGAUCCAUCGAAAAGACCCACCUUAAAGCACCAGAGGCCACAACCCGAGAAACAGAAGCAGUUCAGUUCAUCUGGAGAAUGGUACAAGAGGGGCGUAAAAGAGAAUUCCAUAACCACCAAGUACCGCAAAGGCGCCUGCGAGAACUGCGGGGCCAUGACGCACAAGAAGAAGGACUGCUUUGAGAGACCCAGACGAGUUGGGGCCAAGUUUACUGGGACUAACAUAGCGCCAGAUGAGCACGUCCAGCCUCAGCUCACAUUUGACUAUGACGGGAAGAGAGAUCGCUGGAACGGCUACAAUCCAGAGGAACACAUGAAAAUCGUGGAAGAGUACGCCAAAGUUGACCUGGCAAAACGAACGCUGAAAGCCCAGAAAUUACAAGAAGAAUUAGCCUCAGGAAAAUUAGUGGAACAGGCUAAUUCUCCAAAACAUCAGUGGGGAGAAGAGGAACCAAAUUCUCAGACGGAAAAAGAUCACAACAGUGAAGAUGAGGAUGAAGAUAAAUAUGCAGAUGAUAUUGACAUGCCUGGACAGAAUUUUGACUCUAAGAGGCGAAUUACAGUCCGGAACCUAAGGAUUCGAGAAGAUAUUGCAAAAUAUUUGAGAAAUUUAGAUCCAAAUUCUGCCUACUAUGAUCCCAAAACUAGAGCGAUGAGAGAAAAUCCCUACGCCAAUGCAGGGAAGAAUCCAGAUGAAGUGAGUUAUGCAGGCGAUAACUUCGUCAGAUACACAGGAGAUACCAUUUCCAUGGCUCAGACACAGUUGUUUGCCUGGGAGGCGUAUGACAAGGGCUCGGAGGUGCACCUGCAGGCAGAUCCCACGAAGCUGGAGCUGUUGUAUAAAUCCUUCAAAGUCAAGAAGGAAGACUUCAAAGAACAGCAGAAAGAAAGCAUCCUGGAAAAGUAUGGUGGCCAAGAACAUCUGGAUGCUCCUCCAGCUGAGUUGCUCUUAGCCCAGACGGAAGACUACGUGGAGUACUCACGGCAUGGGGCGGUCAUCAAGGGGCAGGAGCGGGCCGUGGCCUGCUCCAAGUAUGAAGAGGACGUGAAGAUCCACAACCACACGCACAUUUGGGGAUCUUACUGGAAAGAAGGCCGAUGGGGAUACAAAUGCUGUCACUCAUUCUUCAAGUAUUCCUACUGCACUGGAGAAGCUGGGAAGGAGACUGCUAACGCCGAGGAGUGCGUGCUAAGUGAUGAGACUGGCAAAGAGUCGGUGAAGAAACCACAGACGCUCGUGGAGAUGCACCAAGAAAAACUAAAGGAAGAGAAGAAGAAGAAGAAAAAGAAGAAGAAGCACCGGAAGAGCAGCUCUGACAGCGAUGACGAAGAGAAGAAACAGGAGAAGCUGAAGAAGGCACUGAACGCCGAGGAGGCCCGCCUACUCCAUGUCAAGGAGAUCUUACAAAUUGACGAGAGAAAGCGGCCAUACAACAGUGUCUAUGAAACUCGAGAGCCCACGGAGGAGGAAAUGGAGGCCUACAGAAUGAAACGUCAGAGGCCAGAUGACCCCAUGGCCUCUUUCCUGGGCCAGCAGUAACUAGCCGGGGGAGGUAGUCCAGGGUUCAGUCCAGCAUGCACCGCAACCUCAUAGAUAGAAAAACCGUGACCUGUCCCUUGGGGCCUGACUUCAAUAAAGCUUUCAGAAGUCUCAAAGUAAUCUCAUUCCUUUCCACAGUAAGAAACAAAAGGAAGGGAUUGGAGAUAGUGGUGUGGAAAGAAGCAUUGGCACCCUCUCAAGUGUCUUCUGAGAGCUGAGUGUGGUGGUGCAUGCUUGUAAUUCUGAUACUACAGAGCUUGAGGUAGGGGAACUGAAAGUUCAAAGCCAGCCUGGGCCACAUAGGGAGACCCUCUCUCAAAAAAGCAAAAACAAACCAGGCGCUGGU